UACUGCUGCAACUGGUCCCAUCAGCAACUAUAAAGGUUUCAAUCAGAGGGUUCAGUUUGAGUCAAAGAAACUUCCUGGUCCUUCUCCUAAUGUAGUAUGCAAAUACUGCAAGAAACCUGGAGACACCAUUAAUAAAUGCUAUAGGCUACAUGGUUUUCCAUCAGAUUUCAAGUUUACAAAGAGUAGGAGAUCUGCAGCUUGUGUUUAGUCUGAAAGUCCUGGUCCAAGUUCUAGUUUUCUCAACCCUAGUCCUUCUGAAGUUGCUGCCCAUGGGUUUACCAAGGAACAAUAUCAACAUCUUAUCACCCUGCUUUAGCAUGUCAACAUUGCUACUCCUACUUCCUAUCUUGACAGCAUUGCUACUAACAGCACUUGAUUUGCCAACUUUGCAGGGCCCUUCUCUGAGGAGGCCUCUGGUAAUUGGUAAGGCUGCAAAUGGACUGUAUUUUCUGCAUUCAGCUGGUAGAUCCUCUCCUGUUUCUAUUUCCAAGUUUGUUCCUGUUUCGAAUUCUAUUAUUUGUAAUGUACCUGGUCAGGUUCCUUGUUCUACUUCUCAUUCUGUAAUCUCUAGUUCACACGUAAUUCUUCUGUUGUUGCUAAUAAAAAUGAUGUAUUUUGGCAUCAAAGAUUAG